AUGGCACCCAUGAGAAUCCUCAUCAGCGGCGGUGGCAUCGCCGGGACCUCAUUGGCAUUCUGGCUCUCUAAGCUUGGCCACGAUAUGACAGUGGUCGAGUGGUUCCCAACUUUGCGGGCAACCGGUCUUCAGUUGGACCUCCGCGGCCACGGCAUCGAAGUUCUGAAACGGAUGGGUCUUGAACAAGCCUUCCGCGCCAAGUCAGCUCCUGAGCAGGGCCUGCAGAUAGUCGACAGCUCCGGACGGCGUCGCGCAUACUUCCCAGCCAACACGUCCGGCAAAGGACUUCAAAGCUUCACAACCGAAUACGAGAUCAUGAGAGGCGAUCUUUGUCGCAUCAUAUACGACGCCACCAAAAACCGAGCCAAGUACGUCUUUGGCACUUCCGUUGAGAAAUUCGAGCAGAUGGGCGACGGAGUGGAGGUGCUCUUCAGCAACGGGAAGACAGACACCUUCGACCUUUUGGUGGGUGCCGAUGGGCAAGGCUCUCGUACCCGCAAGAUGAUGUUAGGGGCGAAGCAAGCAGAUGGCUUCGAACCACUUGGGGGUUCCUACGCUGGGUACUUCACGGUUUCCAAGCCGAUUCAGGAGGGGGAGGGAUACAACGCCACCGCCUACAUCAGCACCAAAAAUCGCACAAUCAUGACCCGGAGAUAUAGUCCCGAUCAGACACAGAUCUAUCUCAUGUGCAGAACUGAUUCGGAGGAGAUCAAGAACGCUCGGCGGGAAGGAGUUGAGAAGCAGAAGGAAGCGAUCGCAAAGGUCUUUGAUGGUGCCGGAUGGGAGACAAAGGACAUCCUUGAGAGAAUGAUGAAGUCGACCGACUUUUACUGCGAACAUAUCGGCCUCGUCAAGAUGAAUGGUUGGUCGAAGGGCAGCGUUACUCUUGUUGGAGACGCAGCAUACUGCCCUUCAGUGAUGACCGGGAUGGGCACAACAUCAGCUGUUGUUGGCGCGUACGUCUUGGCUGGGGAGAUCGGCAAACAUUGCGGUGAUAAGGACUCUAAGGACGGUCUUGGAAAGGCCCUUAGUGCCUACGAACAGAAGUUUCGGCCUUUCAUGGAUCAGGUACAGCAUGGCAUCUCAGGCGAUGCUUUCAUCUGGAAGAUUUGGCCCACGACACCAUUCGGAAUCGGCAUUCUGAACUUCUUUCUGGGAUUGGUCUCAUUGCUGAGACUUAAUGUGCUUGGGGAGUGGCUAUUGAAGGAGAAUGUGAAGUGGGAACUGCCAGAGUAUGAAGAAAUGGGUUCGAUGCGCCCUUAG